AUGAACAGUAACACUAGUCCAGGUAUACCAGAUAGCUCAACGAUUGAUGAAAGCAAUAGUGAAGGUAAAGAAGUCCAAAAUGGUGGCGCAUCAGAAAUCCAAAGUGCUAAGAUAAAUGGUUGGAAUGCUGAUGGCUCGAUGAAUAAAGAGAAAAAUAUUUCAAAAGAGAAUUCUUCAACUCCUACUCCUACUUCUACUUCUACUCCUGUUUUACUCCAAAUAAGUAAUGCAAAUGAGAAAACUACUAAAGAAAAAUUAGCUUCAUUCAUAAAGAACUGGUGCUGCACAGACCAAAGCUAUCUCAUUGAAGACAUCUUGGUCCAAAAAUUUAAUAGAUUUUCUAAUUACAUUUUUAAUAUCCCUUUGAAGGUAUUAAUGGUGGUUGAAGGCCUUAAAUUGUAUGAUGAUAAAUUCCAAAAAAAUAACAUUGAUGUAAAGUAUUGA